UUCAGUAAGCGCUCAGUUUUCUGCCCAGCAGUCUUGUGUGUUCCAUUCAAGUCUCGCACAUCUCAACGUCUGAUCGGAGCGGUUUUUAGUCAAAAAUUUUAAUUUUUGUUAAAUUAUUUCCUUUGUGUGAUCUUCAUUUAAUUUAAAUAAAAGCGAAAAUGGAUGAACUUCCACCAGAGCAAAUUGCCAUCUUGAGAAAAGCCUUCGAGAGCUUCGAUUCAGGAAAGACUGGCUCAAUCUCAACAGAGACAGUUGCUGAGAUCCUUCGAUUGAUGGGUCAACCAUUCAACAAACAAAUUCUCGAUGAGAUGAUUGAAGAAGUCGAUGAGGAUAAGUCAGGACGCUUAGAAUUCGAAGAAUUUAUUAUUUUGGCUGCUAAGUUUAUUGUAGAAGAAGAUGAGGAAGCACUCCAGAAAGAAUUGAAGGAAGCUUUCAGGUUGUACGACAAAGAAGGUAACGGUUUUAUUCCAACAUCAAUUUUAAAGGAAAUCUUACACGAAUUGGAUGAUCAACUUAAUGAUGCUGAUUUGGAUGGAAUUAUUCAAGAAAUUGAUCAGGACGGUUCAGGAACUGUUGAUUUUGAUGAAUUCAUGGAGAUGAUGACGGGAGAAUAAAUUUGGACUAAAACAAACAGAAAACUUCAUACAUCAUCAUGUCAUCGUCAUAUGUUUAAUCAUCACAUUAACUACACAAUCACAUCACAAUGUCGGUUUGGAGACACAAUAUUGAAUGCACAUCCAAAAAUAAUUUCAUAAAGUUCAGAAGCGCCGUGGCAUUGAAACAUCAUCAAAAAAAUUACACAAUAAUGUUUAAUUCUAUAUUUUAAAAAAAAAUGUUUUUGUUUUUCAUUAAAUAUUUUUUGCACACACAUAGACACAACAAUCACAUGUGAAAUACAAUAAUAUGAAAAACAACAAAAAAAAUCUCUUAAGUUUCUUAUUUUUUAAGGUUAUUUUUUUCUUUUUCUUUAGUUAUCAUCCUGGGUUGUGUGGAGAUGAAGAGGUAUUUAAACUACAAAGUCACUAGAUUUGGCUCAUGAAACCAAAAUUUAGCUUGAAAAUACUAAAUUCUAAUUUUAUCAGUCAAAAAAUCCUUAUUAUGCACACAAAUACCGACCUACCAAUCUCUACAUAGCCCAGACACUAAACCUUACUACUUAUCUAUAUCCAUUUAUCCUUUAAAGUUUUCGUUUUUAAGUUUGAAAAAAGUUAAAGAUAAAAAACUCAAAAAAUAAUCAUAAUCAUAAUAAAUACGAUAAUAUAAAAAAAAGUUAAAAUUAAAAAAGUUCAUACAGAAGUGAAUUUAAAGAAUAAUAAAAAAAUUCAGAAAUACUUUAACAUCACUAAACUAUUUACUCUUUGAAUUAAUAUUUAAUAAAAAUGAAGCUACUGGUAACCGAAUAGCACAACGAAUAUAAAUCUAGUGUUAAGACAGCAUGGUGCUGGCUUUGAUUCAAAUCCAGCACCAUGCCAGAGGCACACUCGCUUGCUGCCGGAUUUCUGAUCGAUUAACUGACUUGUCCAAUUCGGGGUAACUAUCAUCAUGCUUUAAUGUUGGCUAGUGCCCUAAAAUUCUAUUUUAAGGUGCAUUAAGCAAGUUUAAAGUCAAAUCUGUUGCCAGUAGAAUUUACAAAAUAAGUGACUAGGAUAUGAGGAACGAUUAGGGUCGUCUUCAUGUUUUUCUAUGUGAACAAGACUUUAGAAUGCAGUUUCUCAAUCCCAUAAAAUUUAAUCAGACAAUCAAAUACAAUCAAGAACACAUCAUCAAACAUCAAACAUUAAAUUACAUAAAUUAGAGGCAAGCCUAGACAUUUUCGAGGGAGAUUUAAAAGUUUAUAGUGUUUUUCAAAUGAAAUCUACUAAGCUAUGUCAAUUUUCUACCCUAUGCUAUGCCUCUGACACUUACUAAUCUUAAAUCGUCAAUCAUUAAACAGCUUAAGCUCAUGUUAGAGCACCCAUUAUUUAAUUCAUACCUAUAAUUAAGAAUGCAAAGGCAAUAAUGAUCUAUGCAUGCAGACAACUGAUCAGUUGUCUAUUAUGAAUUUCCUAAAGGUUCUUGCAUCGACAAACUUAAAGAAAUCAUAGCUUGAAUUUGACUAGACCUACGUAAUCUUGUCUAGAUCUCAAAGUUUGUUCAAAGCAUUCUGAAUUUGGAAAUUGAAUAUCAUUAAUUCAUCACAUAUUACACUAACGUAGGGAUGAAGCCAGCAGGAAUUUUAGAGUCAGACAAAUAUUUAAGACGUUUGAAAAAAGCUUUGAUCCUGAUACCACCAUUAAUAUAAUUAAUUUCUUACACAUCUCAUGCAAACGCACACUUUACACUAGACACAUUUACACUAUUGCACAUACAUACACACAUCAUCAUCAUCAUCACCACAACAAAAUAAUCAUAAACUGCAAUCAUCAUUAUGCAAUCACAAACCAAAUAAUGACCACAAUUUGCACAUGAGUACAUAAACACACAUCAUGACUUGAUAAUCCAUAGUGACGGAUCCUUUUGGAACCAAUGUGGCUAUAAAAAUUAUAAAUCCUCUUCAAAAUAUUUCAGGAGAUGAAAAAAAAAAGUUUUAGGAAAAAUUUUCAGGGAUUCGUUGCUGCACUUACACAUGUCAUACAUGCACACAAAUCAUCAACUUACACUCAAAAAUUAAUUUUUUAAUCAUGAAAUAUAAAAAAUUCACAAAUAAUACUCAAAUUUACACAAUUAUACUUUAAUUGUAAUUUAAUUGACAUAAUGGCUUUGAUCUGGACUUAGGUUUGAAGACUAUGUUGUGAAUCAGACUUUAAAACUAAAGAGAAAUAAAUUGAAGCCAGUUGUGUUCCUCAAGUUUGAAGAACUUCUCAUAAAAAUCAUUUUUGAAAAAAAAAUUGAAAAUUUUGUGUGAAUAUGAAUUGUAAAAUUUGUUAAAAUAAGAAAAUAAAGAAGAAUGAACUUUU